AUUUGUGGCGUCGCCUUCUACCAGAGGGUGUGCACCUCCCUCCAUCUCUGUUUCUCUACCUCCUCUUGACUGUCUGUUUUUUCCAACAUGCCUCCAGUACCCACUGUGUCGCCGGCGACGGGAAAGCCCACGCCGGGAUACUUUAUUCAUACCACCGACGCCCUUUUUGUUGACAACGCUGGACGUUCUCUGCUGCUACGCGGUGUCAAUUUGUCGGGAGCAGCCAAGGCACCGGUUGGCCAGCCAUCCCAAGAGCUUGACGGUUUUUGGGAGACCGGUGAAGAGGGCGGCGGAAACUUCACUGGGAGACCUCUCAAUGUCGAUGACGGUUCGGCCGACAUUCACCUGGCGCGUCUGAGGGGGUGGGGCUACAACAUGUUGAGAUACGUGGUAACCUGGGAAGCACUGGAACAUGCCGGACCGGGAAAGCUCGAUUAUGAAUUCAUGGAUUACACCGUCCGUGUUUUGCGGAAGUGUAAAGAAUACGGAUUCAAGGUUUACAUUGACCCUCACCAGGACAUUUGGUCCCGAUUCUCCGGAGGAUCCGGUGCACCAUAUUGGACUGUGGUCGCUUGUGGAUUCGAUCCUCGCCACUUCACAGCAACUCAGGCAGCAAUCAUUCAUAGUGAAUAUCCUACUGCCUCAGAUCCCGCUCCUAUCAAGCUACCUGCAAUGAUCUGGAGCACAAACUAUGGGCGACUCGCUUCCCAGACGCUGUUCACGCUGUUCUUCGCUGGCCGCGAUUACGCGCCCAAAUGCAUCAUUGACGGACAGAACAUACAGGAUUAUCUCCAGUCGCAUUACAUUGCAGCACUUGGCGCCCUCGCAGACCGCCUUCGUGACGCUGGCGAUCUGCUAGACGAAUGCGUGAUUGGGUGGGACAGCCUAAACGAGCCUUUCGAAGGCUUUUGCGGGUAUGGAGACCUUAACACCGUGCCGACCAAGCAGGGGACUACGCUGAAGAAGGGUACGUGUCCAACGCCUGCGCAGUCAAUGCGCCUCGGGAUGGGCCGCGCACAGACACUCGACAACUACAAAUUUGGCAACAUGGGGCCGCAGCGCGACGGUACCGUCACCGUGGAUCCCAAAGGCGUCAAGGCGUGGAUAGACCCAGAGACGGAGCCUGAUGGCGUGAAUCCUCGCUGGGGCUGGAAGCGCGAUCCUGGCUGGCAGUUGGGGACGUGUGUGUGGGCGUUGCACGGAGUGUGGGAUGUCGACUCCGGGGAGAUACUCGUGCCGGACUAUUUCAGCUGCGAGAACCCGGACCACACAGCAUUCUUCAUUGAGAAGUACUGGCUCCCGCACUGGCAGGCGUUCGCGUCGCGGAUCAGGCAGUCGCAUCCCGAGGCGAUCAUGUUCGUCUCACCUCCCGUGUUCGCACAGCCCCCGCCCAUCGCGGAAGAGUACCUGCGCGGACGCUGCUGCUACGCCGCGCAUUACUAUGAUGGAUUGACCCUUGUGACGCGGCACUGGAGCUGGAUCAACGCCGAUGCCCUCGGUCUGAUGCGCGGCAAGUACUCGUCCACGCUUGCCGCAGUGAAGAUUGGUGAGCCGGCGAUACGGAAGUCCAUACAGGAGCAGCUGGGGAUGCUCAAGGACGACGCGCCCAUCCUGGGUGCUUACCCUACGAUCAUCGGCGAGAUCGGCGUUCCGUUCGAUAUGGACGGCAAAAAGGCGUACGGAUAUACGGAUGGCGGGAAGUACAAAGGCGACUUUUCAAGCCAGCAGAAGGCGCUGGACGCGAGUCUGAAUGCGGCAGAUGGUCCCAAUGCACUGAGUUAUACUGUCUGGAAUUACUGUCCGGACAACUCGCAUAUGUGGGGCGACCAAUGGGAUAUGGAGGACCUCAGCAUCUGGAGCCCGGACGAUCUGCGCCCCAACGGCGGACCGAAGAUGGAGCUGUCGGACGCGUCAUCAGCGGCGUUGUUGAAAAAGGGUGCAGCGGCUGUCGCGCAGUCGGCGACCACCUCUACUUUGUCGCUCGCCACGGUCGCAGUCGGUACAGAUCCUACUGCCGACAAAAUGGCUGAGGGGAGCGCAGAGGUCACGUCCUACUCUCGAUGGAGCAAUGCGUACGACUUCUUGACCGACGGCGCGAGGGCAGUCAAGGCAUUCUGCCGUCCGUUCCCUGUCGCAACCGUCGGCGUGCCCAAGGAUAUUCAGUUCGACAUCGCCAAGGCCGACUUCAAGUACACCGUGCGCGUCCGGCCGGAGGAUGCGCCGCGUGCAGAAGGAGCGGGACUCGCGACGGAGAUAUACGUGCCCCUCGUCCACUAUGCAAGCGAUAAGCUCGUCGCUCGCUUCGCGCAAGAUGAUCCUGAGCGCUGUGAGACGCCUGCCACAGUCAUCGUGGAUGGAGUCUGCUCAAAGGAGCCAAGUCCAUACUCGUCGCGGAACGCAUCGUCGGCCGACCUAUUGACGUCGUCUCUCGCCUCGUCAGCCUACGCAAAGCUGUUCCCGCAUGGUUCGGCAUCACUCUCACUACUUGUCGAUGUUUCUGCAGGGAAAUGGGAAGUUGACGGACAGACAUUGAAGUGGUGGUACCCUAUACCGGGGCCGGGCGAGCCGGAGCGCGAAUACACGAUCACGAUCAAACGCGAUGGUGGCGUGAUUAAGACUGCGGAAGAGCUGGAGAUCAGUCGGCGCGGGUUGUGGGAACAGUGGUGUAUCUGGGUGCAGAACUGCUGUGGCAUCUUCAUGUAGGCAGGUUGUCAUUUCUUGUUUUCCUUCUGUUCUGCUUGUACGAUAUAGCAUUGGGACUUUGUAUCACCACGUAUAGGAAUCAUCUGGGACAUGGAGCGUAUGUUAUAUAGAUUGAGAGCACUAGCCAGAAUGGAUCGUGCCAAUGGUCUUGAUAAAACAUACGCGAUUGUACUUUCAGGGCCGGCUUGCCUUGUAGUUGGUUUCCAUAUCUUGAUUUUCAGCUAGCCUUGAAUGAUGAACAUCUCAAUCCAUUCACUGC